AUGCGUUCGUCAUUAGCUAAGCUCGCCAAAGCCGCGUCCACGCAAAAAGGGUUUCGCCCUGAACCUAUGGCCUUGCUACCGCCAAUUCCACUCUACCGACGUUUGCUGCGUGCGCACCGCAAGUUUCUCCCGGCUGAGAUGCGCGUUCUAGGCGACGAGUACAUCAAAGCUGAGUUUCGGGCGCACCGCAAAGUCGACAAUCCAGCGCAUCUAGUAAGCCAACACGGCCAUAUCUUCAAGGAAUAUUGUUUGCUGACCAGCAUUUUAAAGAUUGGGUUCCUGACGGAGUGGCAAAUGUAUGCGCAAAAGAUUGAGGGGGAUGCUUGGAUUGGUGAUAAGAUUGACGAGGGCAAGCUUGCAAAAUUAAGCGAUGAGCAAGUGUAUCAGCUUUACGACCUGAUGCAGUCGAUAGAGAAGCAUCGCAAGGGAGGGUAG